GUCCCACUUUGGCUGACUUUUUCAUAAACUUCCCAAAAUUUUGAAGUUUGUCAACAAAGUCCCACAGAUUUUGUGGAGAAAUAUAAAUUUUUAAUAUUUCCUGGCAAUAAAUUUUUUAUAAUUUCCUCGUUAGUCUCCGCUCCGUUGUACGAUACCAAAGACCGAAGAAUGGAAUCGAAACCAGCAGAAGCGGAAAACGAUUCCCAUCCCACCGCCUUGGAAAAUGAUCGCUUGGCCGAUUUAAAUGAUGUGAAGGAUGCCCUCCCCACCGCGGAAUCAGCGGCGCAUCCAGCGGGUGAUGCCUCCAGCUCCAGCAGCAACAAUGACGCAGCAGCGCUGCAGCCGAGCACUUCGCAGUCCCCCGCCCGCCAGCCCGUCGCCCAGUCCCACCCGGAGCUGAUGCGCAUCAUGCAGGAGGCCAUCGAUGCCGGACGGUCGGGACGCCGACAUGGGCCGUCGCGCGAGACCACCGACAGCCAUAAAUUCUGGUCCACACAGCCCAUGCCGAAAUACGAAGAGAAAGUUCCCACCGACAUCAACGAAGCCAUUGAAGUAAAAACCGUGGAGGAAGUGAGGAAAGAACCGUAUAAUUUACCGUCGGGAUUUUAUUGGGAUGUGAUGGAUGUGAACAACAAGGAAACGCUGGAGGAAUUAUACCAGUUGUUGCACGAUAAUUACGUGGAGGAUGAUGAUGCCAUGUUUCGCUUCCGGUAUUCGCAUGAUUUUCUGCUCUGGGCACUGAAACCGCCGCACUGGACCCCGCAGUGGCAUAUUGGAGUGCGCGUGAACGAGACGAAGAAACUGGUGGGAUUUAUCAGCGCUGUCCCGGCGCAGAUUCGUGUUCGCGGAAAGUCUCUGGCCAUGUCCGAAGUGAACUUUCUGUGUGUGCACAAGAAACUGCGCGAGAAACGCAUGGCGGUGAUUCUGAUCAAGGAGAUCACGCGCCGCUGCAACGUCAUCAACGUGUUCCAGGCUGUGUACACGGCCGGCGCGGUCUUGCCGAAACCCGUGGGUACUUGCCGGUACUGGCAUCGUUCGCUUAAUCCGCAGAAACUGGUGGAUGUCAGCUUCAGCAGUGUGGGGAAGAACAUGACCAUUCAGCGGAUGAAAAAGCUCUACAGACUGCCGGAUGAACCAAAAACCUCCGGAUUUCGUCCAACACAAGCCAAAGAUAUUCCUGGGAUCCACAAACUUUUGACCGAGUAUUUGCAAAAAUUUGAACUGGCUCCGGAGUUCACGCUGGAGGAAGUGGAGCAUUAUUUCCUUCCCAAGGAGAAAAUCGUCUACUCGUUCGUGGUGGACAACGGGAAGGCCAUCACGGAUUUUAGCAGCUUUUAUUCCUUGCCCUCCACCGUGGUCAACCACACGCUGCACGAUUCCAUUUAUGCCGGCUAUUCUUUCUACAAUGUCGCCACCAAGACAUCCUGGGAAGAUUUGAUGUUUGAUACGAUCAUCAUGGCCAAAAAGAAUGGAUUUGAUGUGUUCAACGCGCUGGAUUUGAUGGACAAUAUGCAGUUUAUUCAGCAGCUGAAAUUCGGCAUCGGCGACGGGAAUCUGAAUUAUUACGUAUACAACUGGAAGUGCUCAGAAAUGGAGCCAGCGCAGAUUGGCUUAGUCUUGAUGUGAUUGUUAUCUAAUUUUUUGUUUUUUAUUCCUUAAUUAUUUACUCUGAAAUCCAUAACGUUGUUGCGGCCUAAUUUUUAGUCGUGGUAAAACGUAAAGGUUUUUGAAUACUGGAAUGAUAAAAUGGAAUUUAGUCAGUGAAAUGCGACCUGAAUAAUGUUUUGCCUGGGUCUCGAUUUUUGAGGACGUCGACGAGGAACCAAAUGCUGCGUUCAACGGACUGAAAUAAUUUGAAAGUGGCCAGUAAAAUUGUGCUCUAAUGAAUUAUUGACAAUUU